AUGUUUGGCUUUUCACCCAUUGUACAGAAAUCUUAUCAUAGCAACUCUUUUACUUAUGAAUAAGAAAUGGAUGAUAUGAGUUGUAUUGUUGACAAUGGGAUUUCAGGUUCAAUUUAUUUGGGAAAUAUAGAAUCAGCAUGUAAGAAUGAAAUAAAAACAUAAUAAUUUUAGCUAAUCUAGAGAAUCUAAAAAGACAUAGAAUCAAUGGUGUUUUAUCAAUUUGUAUGAAUAAGAUACCAUAUGAAGUGUAAACCUAACUAUAAAAUUAUUAACACAUUUAUUUAGAGGAUUGUGAAUCUGAAAACAUAAGUAGACAUUUUGAAAGUAGUAAUCAAUUCAUUGAAAAAGCCAGAUAAAGUGGAAAUGUAUUGAUUAACUGUAUGGCUGGUAUAUCCAGAUCAGCUACUCUCGUUGCAGCAUAUCUAAUGAAUAAAAAUAAAAUGAGCGCUUAAGAUGCUUUAAGAUUACUUGAAAGAAAAAGAUGGUAAGUGUAUCCAAAUAAUGGAUUCUUAAGAUAAUUAUAAUAAUAUGAAAGAGUAUUGCAAUAAUAAAAUAAUAAGAGUGAUAAUAUAGAAAUAUCUACAAUUAAAGAUUCUUUGUUAAAAAGGUAAAAUCCAUUUUAAUUAUAAAUUAGUAAAUAAUUUUAAACUCCUACUAAAGAAAUCUCAUUUAUAAAUAAAUAAGAAGAAAAAUAACAAUAUUCUGGUAUGAAAACAAGACCUCUUGGUGACAUUAAAUAUGAAAGCUACAAACGUAAAUCUUUAGGAUAAGAACUCUAUGGUACUACAGAAACUUCUUCAUUAAACUAAUUAUCUCACACAAAUAAUAGACCCAAUUCAGCUAUCAGAACAUCUCCUGAUUUAAUAAGAAAAAAGAAUUAUUUAUAAGAUGCAAGUAGAAUAUUUAUUUAAUUGAGUUCUGUAGUUCAUGGAAGCAAAAAAGAUGGUUUAGCCAGUCUUGCAUUAUAAUUAAAUUCCUUUGAUUGGUAGAAUAGAAAAUUAGAUUUUGAAAACAAGUAUGCCAAAAUACAAACUCAAUCUUCAUGUAAAACAUUUAUGAAUUAGAACAAACCAUUCUAAUAAAAUCAAUAUUAAAGUAAAUUGGAUGAAUUAUUAAAUACCUUUAACAAAAAGCCAAUACUAUGA